AUGGCAAAAUCAUAUUCAAAGAUUGAAUUUCACAGUUUAAUGGAGAAGGUGGAGGCAGUUGAUGUUAGAGUGAAGAAUUACUUGAAUUUAACGGGAUACGAUAAGUGGGCUAGAUCAUAUGCAUCAGUUCAUAGGGGAUGGACUUUGACAUCUAAUAUUGUCGAAUCAAUUAAUGCUACACUAGUAUCGGCUAGAGAACUACCAAUAUAUGAUUUUCUAGAGGAAGUUAGAUUGAUGUUUGAUCUUAUUGGUAAGUUUCAAGAAAUUCUACAACAGAAUGAAGUGGAGAGUACACGUAUGAAGGUUAUACCUGCAUCAGAAUAUAUUUAUACAGUCCACGACAAGGAGAAACAUUUUAUUGUUUGUCUUAAGGAAAAGAAAUGUUCUUACAAUGCAUUUCAGUUGGAUGAGAUACUAUGUGUUCAUGCUUGUGCAGUUCUUGAUAGCAAGAAUUUUAAGAAGGGAUCAUAUUGCUCUGAUCUAUACAAGCCAAAAACAGUAUUGAGAACAUAUAAUGCUUCUUUUUAUCCACUACCACACAAAGACGACUGGAUAAUUUCAGAUAAAAUUUUGGUUGAGGUAGUUCUGCCCCCAAAAUACAAGCAACCCCCUGGAUGGCCUGCAAAGAGGAUCGUAAAAAGUCCGGACGAAAUAUGUUUGGAAAGAAAGUAA